AUGUAUGCUAAGUUAUCAAAGUGUGAGUUUUGGCUUGAGAAAGUUGCAUUUUUGGGUCAUGUGAUUUCGAAAGAAGGUGUUGAUGUAGAUCCGUCAAAGAUACAAGCAGUAUCAGAAUGGACGAGACCUAGUAAUGUGACUGAGAUUAGAAGUUUCUUAAGACUUGCUGGCUACUAUAGGAGGUGUGUAGGGGAUUUCUCAAAAGUAGCUCAACCUUUGACAAACUUGAUGAAGAAAACAACUCAAUUUCAGUGGGAUGAGAAGUGUGAAAAAGCUUUUCAGGAAUUGAAGCAAAGGCUAACUUCAGCACUAGUUUUGACGUUACCAUCUAGAUUAGAAGGUUUUGAGGUGUAUAGUGACGCUUCUAGGAAUGGGUUAGGAUGUGUAUUGAUGCAACAUGGUAAGGUGGUAGCAUAUGCUUAA